UUGUGCGGCACGGUUUGCGAUGUGCCUCUGUUAGGAGGCCCUCCCCGCGUACCGUCACCCAUGCAGGACGCUCUGCGCGCCGUCAAGGAAGCCUGGGGCGCAGAGCGCUGGGCGGAGCUCGACUCCUCGACGAAGACGAAGCUAUGGACGCUGAACAUGAAGCAGGAAGACGGCUGGCGGCCGCCGGCGUUGCCUGGCGCGGCGCCCGAGGAGCCGGCAAGCGCGGCGCCCGAGGAGCCGCCGAGCGCGGCGCCUGAAGUGCCGCCCAGCGCGGCGCCCGAGGAGCCGCCCAGCGCGGCGCCUGAAGUGCCGCCCAGCGUUACGCCCGAGCCGGCGGCCGAAGACGGCGCGGCGCCGGAGCCGGACGAGGAGGACGACGGCCUCGCGGGCCUCGUCGCGUCGCUGGCGCUCGAGCCGGCGGCCGCCGAGCCGGAGGCCGCGACCGCGGUCCCCGACGAGCGGGCGGAGGACGCGCCCGCGGUCCCGGAGGAACCGCCGACCGCCGCUCCGGACGAGGCGCCGACGCCCGUCGACGAAGCGCCGACGACGACCGAAGCGCCGAAGGAGGAGCCGCCGCAAUCAAUCGAAGCACCGCCGCCGGCCGCCCCCGACGACGACGACGACGACCUCGUUUCCGCGCUGUCGUCGCUCGGGCUCGGCCGCGACCCGAAGCCCAAGCCCGCGCCGUCGCCGUUCCGCCGGGAGCCGACGGGCCCCGCGUGGGCGUCGCUGCGCGACUACCAGCGGCGCCUCGUGCUCGACGCCGAGGCCGCGCUGCGGAGCCCCGGCAACCGCACGGAGGCGCGGCCCUUUGCGUCCGCGCUCCUGUCGCUGGCCACCGGCGGCGGGAAGACGCGGGUCGCCGCGGCGCUCCUCGAGCGCCUCUGCGGCGGGCGGCGCGCGCUCUUCGUCGUGAACCGCACGGUGCUCGCGGCGCAGACGCGGCGCGCGCUCCGCGACUUCGCGGCCGUCGACGAGCGGGACGACGGCUUCAGGAAGCCCUGGGGUUCUCCCGACGAGUGCGACGCGCGGCCGCGCGUGACCGUGGCGACGAUCCAGGCGCUGCGCGCGAGCGGCGCCGCCGAGGCGGGCGGCCUCGACUUCGACGCGGUCGUCGUCGACGAGGCGCACUCCGCGGCGGCCGACAGCUACCUGAGCCUGCUGUUCACGGGCCUCGCGUCCAAGCCGCGCUGCGUGGUCAUCGGGCUGACGGCGACGCCCUUCCGGCUCUCGCGGGACGCGGUGCUCGGGAGCGCCUUCGGCGGUUCGGUGGCCGGGCCGCAGAUCCGCGACCUCGUCGCCUCGGGCCACCUCGCGAGGCCCGACGUCGUCGGCCCGACGCCCAAGGACCGCCUCGCGGUCCGCGCCCUGCGGCCGCGCACGUCCAAGUCCGCCAAGGAGGACCGGGCCCUCGACGACGCGGACGCGGUCCGUCUGGCCGUCCGCUGCUGGGCGCGCGUCGCCGCGGACGUCGAAAACGCGACGGCCGUCGCCUUCUGCCGCGACGUGAAGCAUUCGUUGGCCCUCCGCGACGCGCUCCGGGCCGCGGGGUUCCGCGCGGAGCACGUCGACGGCUCGACGAAGGAGAAGGCGCGGGGUAGGGUCCUCGGCCUCCUCGCGGACCGAAACGUCGACGUCGUCACGAACGCGGCGCUCCUCUGCGAGGGCUUCGACGAGCCGUCGCUCUCCGCCGUGCUCCUCCUGCGGAAGACGGAGUCGCCCGCGCUCUACGCGCAGCAGGUCGGCCGCGCGCUCCGGGGCCACCCGGGCAAGGACCGCGCGGUCGUCGUCGACGUCGCGGGCAACUCGCGGCGCCACGCGACGGCGCUCUUCGGCGACGCGGCGCGCGCGGACCGCGACGACGGCGGGGCCCUGGCGAAGGCGCUCGCGGAGAACGCGGACGCGGCGCCGGCCGCGCCGAAGAAGGGCAACCGCCAGGCGAGCGCGCCGCCGCCGCCGCCGCCGGGCGGCCUCGUCGCGCUCGGGCGGCGCGGCCCGGGGUUGGUUCGCGGGAAGACGGUGGGGUAGGUUUAUUAGGAGGUUUGGCUUACCAUCCUGUUUCG